AUGCGCUUUUCGAUCAUUCUGGGAUAUUCAUUGAUCAGCCUUAGUGCUGCUUCUCACCUUCAUGCUAGAAACUCACUCUCUUCAUGUGAUGAGGCGACCCUCAAUACGACUGUCGGUGCCUACACCGCCCAGGAGGGCGACACCCUGGCCAGCAUUUCAUCCACCGUCAACCGAGGCAUGUGUGAUAUCGCCCGUCUGAACCGUAUGGCCGAUGCACUUCUUCCGUUGACGACUGGAGAAGCUUUGAUCAUCCCACCUGAAACCUGUCAGCUCGAUAACUCGACCUGUCUGAUCACCGCCCAUCCGAAUGGGACAUAUUCCGAUUGUGUCAAGGGUGGACCGCACACCUACUACACCCUCAAGGGGGACACCAUCCGCUACGUCGCCCUCAAACUCAACAUUACCAUCGACUCACUCUUGGCCACUGCCCAGGGGCCCGACAAAGAUGCCGAUACAGUGCUGGAUGAGGGCGACUUCCUCAAGAUCCCGCUCUGUAGUCCCAGUCACUGCUCUUUCCAUCCGUAUACCUUCACGUAUGGUACCUAUAAGGAUAUUGCGGAGAAGUCGGGCUCGACAGUUGGUCAAUUAAUGGCGAUGAACCCCACGUAUAAUCACAGUGAUGUGGCUCGGGGUGAAGGUCCUGUUCUUGCUGUGGUGAGAGAUUGUCACACUGUGGGGUCUAAUGUCACCGUUAUCUCUUGA